AUGCUCAAACCAGUCACCGGUAACAUAACCUCGUCUUCGGCCACUCUGACCACUCCGAAUCAAGUGCCUCUUCAGAGACAAUUUGGGGGGUGAGUUUGCCUAACAUACACUUUAUUCGACUAUUUGGUAUUGAUAUCCACGAUGAUGCAAUUGCGCCCCUGUUUCCUAAUCUCAUGAUAAUUAAUUCUGCGUCUUCUGAGUUAGCUAAGAAGGUAUGUAGUGGCAUAUAGACAGGACGGAUGUAUUAGUCAUUCAGUCGCCCCAUGGUUAAGAAGCGUAUUACAUUUGAGGUCGGAGUUGUAUUCUACGCAGAAUCGGCUACGUGGCUACGAGUAAUGAUGGUUGCAUAGGAGUGACGUCUGGUGCUCGAUAUACCCUGGCUGUAUUGAGGAAUUAGAUCGGAUGCAGUCAGCCCUGCAACGCCACUGGAUUACUUCGCAGAUGGUUAUAUGGGGUAGGAUGUAGGAGUAAGCAUUAUCCGCGGAAUGUGAACGACCAAGACGACCAGUCCUGUCGUAUUGCCAGUCAUCAGCCUGUCGUGGACCAGGUAGUGGCCCUGGUGUCCCCGAACGUCUGUGGCCGAGUUAUUUGUUGAUCGUGCGUUUGAGUCAACCAGUCUGUCAUUUGGGCUGCUGACACUUGCCACGAGGUCAAGACACGGAAAGUGUUCAGACCGAUCCCUUAUCGGCCGACCGAGUGUUCUUUGAUCGGGGGUUCCUUCUGUAUCUUCGCUCAGUGAAAGUCUUGCGUGUCCCCUAAAAUGCUCUUUGGCGUAGCAAACUUUUUGCAUGACUGAUGAAAUUGGGUUACAUUUCCGACAUUACUAAUAGCGCCUUCUUUAAUUUGAACAAUGACAGUGUGCCACAUGGCAGACAGCACGCAAUCUCAAACGCCACUCCUUCGACGUCUUAUGCCACCACAUCGGCGGCUUGGACAUCACUUUCCGCAAGGUAUGUCGACCUUCUUUACGAUGCCUGCCGUAUUUCUUUUUCUCUACUGUUGAUUGUUUUGAGGCACUAAGUGCAUUUUAGACGCCGCCAUACCCAGACACUAUCAGACUCAUACCGACGGGAGAGUCUGCACCUAAGUAAUGAGGGACAGAUAAGGCCGCUGCACUCCGCAUUUCGUCACCUCUUUUGAGCGGAGAAGAGCAGUGCUGCUUGCAUUCUCAUGACAGUUCACAUGGGUCCGACUUGCUGUAGUGCAGGUUGUGUUGUGUUGAGGUAUAGGGACAAACACGGGCUGCCUUCAAAGUCUCAUUAAUUCAUCUUUACCUAUAAAUCCACCAAUUCAGUCGGCUGACCGGGAAGUUGGGCUGAGGGAAAGUUCGAUUUUUUGUAGGGCACGAAGUCAGAGAAGGGUUAGAGUUAGUGCUCGGACCACGUUAGGGUUAAUAUUUGACUUAGGGUUACGGUUUAGGAUGCAGUUUUAGGGCCAGUGUUUAGGGUAAGGUUUAACGGUUAGGGUUAAGUUUUAGGGUUAACGGUUAGGUUUAGCUUUGAAAUAAUAACUAGAAUUAGGAUUAGGCCUGAUGCGUUGCACUUUCGAGAUCACUAACAGCACCUGCUUUACUUUGAACAGCGACUACUCGCCAUAUUCCAGAAUAGGCGGGGUCUCGAGCAUGACACGUUCGACGUCUACGACCACCACCUAAGUAGUCAUGCUUCAAGGUGUGGUUUUUGCAGGCGGGUGGAAAGAAGUCCUUUCAAAAGCCGGCAUCAUAACCUGACAGAAAUAUCUUGGAAUUGUGCUGCUCGGUAAUUAAAAUAACAAGCCUACUUAUGUAAUCUUUUCGAGCCGAAAACGCAUUUGAGAAUCUCGGUUAACUUUUCACGAGUUAGAACAUCUACUAUACUUCAACAUCUAAAGAGAACCUACCGUAAAAGCUGACGCAGACUAUCUGUAGUCAUGGAGAGUGCUUUAAUGGGAAGUCGAGGUCUUAGUUGAUUGUCACUAUUAAGCUAUGUCGCCUCAAUACUUUGCAUUACCAGUGCUCGUAUUGUGUUAUAAAGUAGAAUGAGUCAUUCGUAGUACUUCGAGUCCAGUCAGUUACGUUGCCCUUUGUGCCAUUAUUACAACUCGAUCUCCAACGUCGUGUUUUUGCAUCAGACGGGUCCCACGUACAGUAGUCGACGGCUAUCUUGAACAGUAUUUGAACAAUGGGCAACUGCAUAUAUGACGGAACAACAGAGUAAAUACCACGCUAUUCAUUGCAGGGGAAGCCAGUUGCGAUAUAGAGCGCACACAGACUGCAAGGUUAUUAGGCAAACCGAAUUGAAUGCGGCCUGCCACGUCACUGCAUUGCUCCGUAGAUGGCCAUAUGGGGCUACAGGUGGAUGAGUAAGUCCAGCUGUCUGCCAUUUGAGCCGCUGACAGCUGCCAUGACGAUGCCCCAGUGCUUCAAAGUCAGUUGCUGGUGAUGACGUGAAAAUUAGUGGCAGCUUUUAAUUACGCUGUCCGGGUUUUUUGACGUCUCAUUGCCUUCGUACUAUCAUUAAUUUCAGUAGGCGGUUUGCAUUUAUACAUUUUAUUAUUUGCUUAGUUUUCUCGGAUGUGCUGAUGGGAAGUUGGGUUUUUUGUAGGGCUCGAAGUCAUAGAAGGAUUAGAUUUAGUGCUUGGACUACGUUGGGGUUAAUAGUUGACUUAGGGUUACGGUUUAGGGUGAAGUUGUAGGGCCAGGGUUUAGGGUAAGGCUUAACGGUUAGGGUUAAGACUUAGGGUUAACGUUUAGGUUUAGCUUUGGAAUAAUAACUAGGAUAAUGGUUAGGCUUGAUGGGUUGCAUUUCCGAGAUCACUAAUAGCACCUGCUUUACUUUGAACAGCGACUACUCGCCAUAUUCCAGAAUAGGCGCGGUCUCGAGCAUGACACGUUCGACGUCUACGACCACCACCCCGACAGCUAGGACAUCAGGUUUCGCAAGGUACGUCGACCUUCUUUUCGAUGCCUCUCGCAUUUUUUUCUGCACUGUUUAUUGAUUUGGGGUGGAAGUGUAUUUUAGACACUGUCCAACCCCGACAGCAUCUGCCAUUACAGCGGUGGGGAACCCGUACCUAAGUCAUGAAGAACAGAUAAGGCUACGCCCAUCCGCAUUUCGUCACCUCUUUUGUGCGGAGAAGAGCAAUGCUGCUAGCCUCGUCGUGAGAGUUCACAGGGGUCCAACUCACCGCAGUGCAGGUUGUGUUGGGUUGAAGUAUAGGGACAGCUAAGAGCUGCCUUCACGUACUCAUGCAUUCUCCUCCACCUGUAAAUCUAUCGAAUUUGCCGCAUGACUGGGGAUAUAAUGUGAUUUGCCACAGUGUACGGUGGGUGGUGAGGACACAUGCUUGGCCAGGAUAACUGGUGUAAGACAUGUCGUCGAAGAGUUCAACUCUUAUUUUGACCGAUUUUGAACAAACUACAAGGGCUCCUGCUUCGUAGUUGGUACGUCCGGGUGAGCGGAGAAGUCCAUAAUAUUCGUCAGUACCCCAUUAAAUAUCUGGCCUUUUUCGGGUCUGCUUUGAUUUCUAUGCGACAUUAACUAGCAACCCUUAGCAUGCCUCUGACGUCGGCGUUACAGUGUUUGGUUUGCAGCCCGGCAUCCUUGCAUAUUUACUCAGGAUAUCUGUAAGGGUGGCGAAAGCAUCCUAUUCUCCUGUGUAAUGGGAAUCCGUUUUAUUUGCAGCUUUUCUGUGUACUAAAGAGGAAUUGUUUGGCUGCGAGAAGUUUGCCGAAGCCUUUCUUCUUUUAAUUGCCGCUUGCAUUCUCCACUGCACCUUAGGCCUUACAAACUGUACGCGUGCUGCAUAUGCCAUUCGGCACGAUUUCAAAAUCCAUGACAUACCAUGUAGCCUUCGUGAAAGUAGACUUCCAGGAUUGACAAAAAUAGACAUGCUCAGAUUUCGUUGGGAAUGUUCAAAGUAAGACCCAAAUGUGAUUAAACUGGUGUCGUCCGGCGGGGGGGCUCGUUGCUCAAGUGGUUAGAGCGUUGGCUGUACCAAAGCCUUCCCCUUACUGCGCGGGUUCUAAUCCCACCGAUGUGCCGAGUUUUUCACAGUUGGGUCAAGAUGAAUUAUCGUCUAUAUAGAUGCGAAUUCAGCUUCUACAGACACUGCCCGCUCACCCAUUUCCCCCAUCAGUUUGGCUGGCUGGGGAUGGGCUUGAAUGCUGUGGCUAACACAAGCAACAAACAGGAAUGGCAAUAGCUGAGCACACACGCAGGCCGCCCAGGGAACCUCAUUUUUUAUCAAAGAUAAUCGACUGACUAGGUCAUUAGUCUGACAUAGUGUUUUAAAUCAGGCUCAAGAUGAGGGUUGGAUCAGAUCCCGCCCAGAUCGUACCUGAGAGAAUACUUGUGCCGAAGCAAGCACUCAAACUCUGUCGAUAAAUUUUGGUGGAAAUUAAAAGGUGCAACGUCCACUACUUGGGUAAAUGCCAUAUCGCAAGAAGAAUGUUCAAUUUAUUCGGUAUAGAAGAUAGGCAAGGCCUUUAAAAACACUAUUGAUUACAUAGGGGUGCGUUAUACACAACUGUACAUUGACAAUGAAAUCUGUCGCUAUUAAAAUGGUACUUUCAUGAUUUAAGUAAGAUUGUUUUUACAGAUAAACGUUUUGGGGUUCAUAAGGUAUUCUGCUCAGGUUCUGACUGCUGAGGGAAAACAGGGGUCACAAGUAAUCAUGCACGCGUUUCUUGAAGAGCUGCACGGAUCCCGUCUCCAGGACUGAUUUUGGAAGAUCAUUCCAUUUCUCCACUAGCAUUUGUCUAAAAAAAUUCAGAGCAGAGGUCCAGCCUGGACAUUUUUGUGCGCAGCCUCAUCGAUUGGCCACGAAGACUAGGCGAGAGGUGCCACUGAAACAUGUCCUCAAAGCUCAGUCUGUGCGCAAAGCUGUGUAUUGUCUUGUAAGCCAGAACAGGAUUACCUUUUUGUUGACUGGAACACAGAGGGAAUAAAUCAAGGCAGUUCGGUCUUUCUGUUUCAGAUUGGCUUCUUAAACCCUCUAGCAGUUUUGUUGUACGGAGUUGUACUUUUUUGAGGCAUGUUUGGUCCUUUGCUAGCCAUAGCCUCCACGCUUGUAUGUCAUAUUCUAGAUGAGGACGAAAAAAGUGCCGUAAAUCCUUCCAAAAAGGUCUUUGUCAAAGGUUACAAACAUUCUUUUUAUCGCAUGGAGUACUCCCAUGGCGUUUUUUACACCCUUGGCGCACUGCAGUGCUGAUUUCAUUUUUAUCUGUAUCCAAACACCGGGAUCCUUCUGUGAUUCUUCUGUACACUGAAAUCCAGUGGCCAUUUCUCGGACUAUAUUUGCAGUCAAUGCAGAUUAUCUUAAAGGGAUUUCUGGUCAUUCGGACUCAUAACGAUUUACCAGAACUUAAUGUCGUUGGUGAACAUUAUUUCGCCGCAGUCGGGUUCUUAAAGGCUGUCAUUAACAUAAAGGAUGAGCCGUAAGGGUUCGAGAACUGGGCCUUGAGCGCACCACUAGUCACGUUCACCCAAUCUGACAUAUCGUCUCCGAUACUGUCACGCUGUUUCUGACCUACCAGAAUGGUCCUUAUCCAGUUCAGAUCUGUAGCAGCUGUGAUCUCAAAUCCUUGACCGCCACAGAUCUCCCGUGAUUCCGAGGGCGCUUAAUUUAUGAAGAAGGCAUUGGUACGGGACAGUGUCGCAUGCUUUGCGGAAAUCGGUGUACAUGAUAUCGACCUCAAAACCCUCUUCUAAAGCCUUGGUCCAGACCUCUAGGAAAGUCAGCAGAUUUGAGAGGUAGGAACGUCCGCUCCGGCAGUCAUGCUGAAAAUUCUGUAAGAUGUUUCCCUCACAGUAUUGCUGUAUAGCGUUCUUUUCUAGGACUUCCAUCGUUUUUCAUGGGAGGCAAGUCAAGUUAAUGGGCCUGAAGCUGCCUGUUGUCAUCCUGCUAUCUUCCUCCUGUAAGGGAACAAGAUUAACUGUCAUUCACUGCGAGGGCAGCCUCCCUGUUCUCAUUGACAGCUCAAAGAGAAUUGAGCGAGGCCUUGCCAGCUCCGUUGAUAGUUCCUUAAGUAUCAGCCUUGGAAGUCCGUUGUGUUCAGGCAACCUGCCUGGCUUUACGCCUUAAGUCUUCAACGGAAAAGACGACGGUUUCAUUGACGACAGUAUCUUGACCCAUUUGAAAUUCCUGUCUGUCUUGGUCCAUCUCAAACUCCUGAUUGUCUUCAGAGGACUCCACCGUAAGAACCGAUCGAAAAAACCGAGACAGUAAUUCUACUUUCUGUGGCGCUUCAACUAAAAAGUUUCCGAGGUUAUCCUUUAGACACGAUUUCAACCCUGUGUUUUCUUCUACUGCGUAUGUACCCAUAAAAUUUCUUGGGACAUCAAAUGGAUUCGGUUGUCCGCCGGCGCUCGAAGAAGUGCUAACAACCCGUAUUUGUUUGCGACAUUCAUUACGUUGCUCCUUAUAUUCGGCGAAUGCUAUGGGAUCUUGAGGAUGCGAAUACAUUUUACACAGUCUCCGUUUCUUCUUCAUGACUUUUUUGUGUCCUCGGAGUGACCCACGGUGUUCGCGCACAUGGUCUCAUUAUUUUCAUUGAAAAAUGGGAUUCAAUUGGAUGGUCUAUAAUCCUGCGAAAGUAUUCCCGGAAAUCUUCUGAAUCUUCCAUGUUGACUGACUAGUGUCCCGCCGAAACAGCCGUUAUUGCCGUUGCGGUUACUUUGGUGGUUUCCGACUCGCGUUUACCACGCGCUCAAUCUAUGGAAGCCAUACCUUUUCACAUAGUGUUUACGGCAAUUGUUAAAUAAAUGCAUAACAUUACUUCCUCCACAAAAGCCACACAAACAAACGCGUAUAUUAAGUAUUAUUGAUAUGGGUGAAGAUUCGAGGUCCAGAUAUUGUAUCGCGUUUUAUUUACUCUUUUAGCCACGCGCGGUUGAAUAAACGGAAGUAUGGCAUAGAGGACAGUCCCAACGGCUCAUGCCAGAUACUGUGAACAAGGUUGGUUUACAUGUAAGUAGACUACGCCCGUCCUCAUUGUUUUUUUAUUUCAGUUCUAAUUAAACAGUUAUUUUUUUGGUUGAGGGGCGCUCACCGAUUGUUUUUACGGAACUCACUCGUCCCGUUGUGACUUACGGGCUCUCCCUCGAGACCAAACAUCAGCCGCACAUUAUAGUGCCGCAUUAUAUUGACAGAAUGUUUUAGCGACAAAUUCACUUUGACACAACUGUGUAAAACUCGGUGCCUCGGUAGGAGUCGAACCCACAACAGCAAGGGGGGAGGUUUUAGUACAGCCAAAGCUCUUACCACUUGAGCUACGAGGUAUCACCGGACUACGCGAGUUUAAUCACGUUUGGGUCAAGUUUACCCGCCCAACUUACUGCAACGUCUGGAAUCCACCAAAUCUGAUGCAGCAAGCUGACCGCCCAAGCAGGAUUUCCUAAGUAAUGCAUAUAGAAUCCACCAGAUCCCUAUCAGGCUCACGCAAUUCAUAGACAAACAUAGGGGAGACUGGAAUGGCCACUUGUGGCUUAUUAGCCGUCAUCAGCUAGUCUUACCUAACCUCGAAGUUAUGAACACCCAGGGCUCGAUCCCGCGACCUGUUAGUUAAAAGUCCAACACCUAUAACUACUGAGCCGCGGGCUCUUUAUCCUGUCAGUUAUUUUUCCCAAAAAGUUUAAUUGGGACGCCUGAGGUCUGCUGGACACAAACAGCCUUCUGGCCUUGUUCGGGGUCCCUUCUCACACCAUCUCAAAAGUUUUGGGAAUUCCGUAUCAGGAAGUUAAUGUUUCUGGCACUGAAAACACGACACACCUUCGCAUCCCAUCUUAUCGUUCCGAGCCUGAAUACGAUUUGCGCCUCCACCCUAAUUAUAAAAACAGCUAUCGCCAAGUCUGAUCAUGAAUAUGCACAUACAGAUUUGAUCGUUAGAAAAACGAAAAAGCGAAAGGAGCACUUGUACUGGCCCUACUCCGAGUGCCUGACUCAACACUGCGACUCUCGCGAGUGUCUGCGCGGGCACACCAUGGCUGUCUGGCAUUUGCCCACUCGGCUUUCAACCGAUCAAUCAGAUUCAAGGUCGAGUCAGACGUGGCCUAUCUUAAAACGCUUUGACGCAUUACGUUAUUACCGACCAAGACAAAAGAGACUGGAAUGGCCAUUUCUGGCUUAAUAGCCGUCGUCAGCCAGUCAUACCCAACCCCGAAGUGUGGCACACCCGGGGCUCGAACUCGCGACCUGUCAGUUAGAAGUUUAACAUCCCUACUCACUGAGCCACGGGCUAGUUGUCCCGUCGGUUUCGAUCGGGAAUAUACAAUGGUGGGUGGGCUUUGACGCAUUCCCUGGCGGACACUUGGGGACGCCGCUCUCCCGGCGCUGGGUGUGUCCCGCCUCGCUGCUAAAUUUCUCCAAAAUCUCUUCCGGUUAUUCUGUGCAGAAUAAACAUUUCUCCCAACUGGCGUCCAACUUCUCUUUCCACUCGGGACCAGGGUCUCACUCUCGGUCUACGCUUCAGCGAUAGAGUCUGUUAACCGUGUUGUGCAUCCGUUGGACGCGCUUGUCCUCAUCCCGAAUUCGCCUGACUUGAACUUACCUUGAGGAUGCAUGAGGAGAGCGAGGGAGUGUGGAGCAGCAGUGGAACAACACUUCCGACGCCCAGGCUCCUCGCACAUUUUGGCAGUCACAACACACAGCCAGUAUUCUCAAUGAAUGAGAGCCGGUCAGAAGUGCCUUCCUCUAAAUUUUACAGUCAUAGCACUUGCCAAUAGAAGCGAAAAGACGAGUCCUAGGAAGCAGUCUUGAAGAAGGAGACACGAUCGCUGGGACAAGAGCUUUAUUAGCUUGACGUUUCGGAUUCCUGAGGUGACAACCGCGUGAGCCGGGAGCUGCUUGAUUCAUGGUUUGCUGGCUCCUAGUUAAUUCUCAAGUGCAAUGAUCUUCCCAUUCCAUACUCGGUGCUGAGACUUCGCCUAGGCGGAGUAAGUAGUCGUGCGGGAAGCGCACAGAUGGACACCGUUUCCAACGCCAGGGUCGGUAGAUCAGAUGGUCGAGCAAUCAUCACACCAACAUCCAACGCACGUGAUGAAAUUGCAGGAAUUAGCGAUGCGAAUGUCGGCUAUCACACCACGUGCAACGAUCACUGAUGAAGGGCGGGGCCGUGAAUAUUCAUAGGUAUGCGGUAGCAUGGCUACUGCAUCCCCUUAUGCAUGAACCAGCCGUAUCUGUUUUUGUCUCUGAUGAUGGGUUUGAGCAGGAAUCCGAAACGUCAUAAAGCUCUUGUCCCAGCGAUCGUGUCUCCUUCUUUAAGUCAUAACACUUGCAUUUGUGUCAGAUCCGAUACAGUACAGUCAACUUUGGGCGCGUUUGGAGACUGGCACGUGCAUGGCGGGUGCAAACAUGGUCUUGAUUUCGUAAACCACUGAACGCUUAUCAGCACUGCCGAAGUCAAUGUUUUUAUUUGCAAUUAUUAGCUUUGAUAUUAGUCAACAUUUGCAAGUGCCGCCCAGUGCAUGUGGUAGCACGGUUUUGAUUUCUGCACCAGAGCCGUUUUGUCGGAUGCGAAGUCGGCGCAGUCAGAGAUCAGUAAAUUAUUUACACGUCAAAAAUAGGCCUCCCCAAUGAAAUGCAAUCUAUUGUCGAGGGGGGGGUUAAGUCAGCACUCCGUGCACAAAGUUGCCAGUUUAAUCAUCUUCCCCUUUAAACGUUUUAUUAACUUUUUUAGGUCUCCUGACAACAGAGGAUGCACCUGGUGGCUGUGUUUAA